AUGGCUCCCUCCGAAGUUCACCAGCUUUUCCACCACCCCAUCGCCGACCACUCCUUCUCUGCCGACCGCCAGAGCUUGGCCGUCGCCCGCGAGAAUAACGUCGAGCUCUACACCCGUGCAGGAGGCUCCAAGUUCCAGCUCAGCGAUGAGCUGACCGGCCACGACAAGACCGUCACCGGUGUCGACAUUGCCCCCAACAGCGGCAAGAUUGUCACUUGCUCCCAGGACCGCAAUGCCUACGUGUGGGAGCCCACGGCCAACGGCUGGAAGCCCACCCUCGUGCUGCUGCGCAUCAACCGCGCCGCGACGUGCGUGCGCUGGUCGCCGAACGAGAACAAGUUCGCGGUGGGCAGCGGAGCACGCGUCAUCGCUGUGUGCUACUUCGAAGAGGAGAACGACUGGUGGGUGUCGAAGCACCUGAAGAAGCCGAUCCGCAGCACCAUCACCUCCGUCUCCUGGCACCCCAACAGCGUGCUCUUGGCGGCCGGUUCCGCGGACGGCCACGCCCGCGUCUUCAGCUCCUUCAUCAAGGGCGUGGACCAGAAGCCCGAGCCCAGCGCAUGGGGCGAGCGCCUGCCCUUCAACACCGUGUGUGGCGAGUUCCUGAACAACACGGCGGGCUGGGUGCACAGCUGCGCCUUCUCGCCGUCUGGCAACGCCCUUGCGUUUGCUGCCCACGACUCCAGCAUCACGGUUGUCUACCCCAGCGCGCCGGACCAGCCGCCCGCGGCUGUCAUCAGCGUCACCACGCAGCUGCUGCCCUUCAUGUCGGUCGUGUGGACCUCGGAGGCCGAGAUCAUCGCCGCCGGCUACGACUGCGCGGCCUACCGCUUCCAGGGCAACGAGGGCGGCUGGGUCCUCGCUGGCGCGCUUGAGGCCAAGGCUGGCGCCGGCGCUGCUGACGACAAGGAGGAGAGCGCCCUCAACAUGUUCAAGCAAAUGGAUCUUAAGGGCAAGACCAAGGAUGACACUAAGCUGCACACGACGCACCAGAACACGGUUCUCAUGCUCAGGGGCUACCAGGACGGAAAGAUAUCCUCCAGCGGCGUUGAUGGCCGCGUCGUUGUUUGGGACGUGUAG